CGAUCCACUAAACCGGCCGGGGUGGGUGUCAAACGGUUUAUGAAAACCAGACUUUGGACUGAAGUUGGAGUGCGCCUGAGAAAGCAUACCUUCCUCGAUCGAACGAAGAAGGUUAAGAUCCAAAUUCAAAUUCAAUUCAAAAGGUGAGAUCCAGAUUCAAAUAGUAAUCGGUGACACAAUGAUAGGUGUAACGAGCAAACAAAAUCAAGCUAUUGAAGAAGAAGAAGAUGGAUCCGAUUUGAUGAAACAGGCUACAGAAGCUGUUGAUGAUCUGUACAGGAUACGCGACACUUAUUUUCCUUCAGACGCAAAUGACAAAAUCAACAAACUACAAUCACAAUCUCAAAUCGCUCUCAAUCUUCUCGAUUCUGUUCCUCCUGAAGAAAGAAAAUUGGCUACACAACGCGCAACAUAUGAAUAUUUGAGAGGAAAGAUAUUAGAUGUCUUCCCAGAAUAUUCAAAAAAAGCCGAAGAUCAUCUUUCCAAAGCUGUUAAGUUAAAUCCGUCGCUUGCAGACGCUUGGCUAUGCUUAGGAAAUUGUAUAUGGAAAAAGGGUGAUUUGCCCGCAACAAGGAACUGCUUUACCCUUGCUCUAAGCAAGGGUCCAAAUAAAAGGAUACUAAGCCAGUUAUCAAUGCUUGAAAGACGAAUGGCUCAAGGUGCCGAUAAUCAGGAAGAACUCGUUAACGAUAGCAUCAAACACGCGAAAGAAGCGAUUGCUCUAGAUGUCAAGGAUGGGAACUCGUGGUACAACCUCGGAAAUGCUUGUCUCACAUGUUUCUUUGUGACGGGCGCAUGGGAUCACAGCAAAUUACAGCAGUCUCUAAAAGCAUACCAAAACGCCGAGAAAGAUGAGAGCAUGAAGUUCAACCCAGACCUAUAUUUUAACUGUGCUACUGUAAAUACGUAUCUAGAGAAUUAUGAAAGGGCUCUCAGUGGAUUUGAAGCGGCUGCAUCGAUAGAUCCUUGCCUUAAUGCCACUGAGGAAGUUCAAAAGAUGAUUAAUCUUUUUGAUAAGUUAGAUAGUUUGUUGAAGGGACAAAUUAAGGCCAAACGACUAGCUUCCUUGACGUCAUCUCUUCCGGAAGUUCAAUUGAAGCCAUCUUACAAACGGGCCACCAUUGACAAUCUCUUAGAUGGUCUUAACAAGACAAUUGCAGUUGUGGGAAAAGUUCUUUUCUUCAUUAAGCAUGAGAAUAUUACUCCUCUGUAUUAUCUGGUGUGUGAUUCAAACCAAACAUGUUUUGUCCUUACAGUAUAUGGGAUAAACAAUGAAGCUAUUAAAGAAGGUGAUCAGGUUACGCUAUUGGAUCCAUGUUUUCGAAACAACAAUUUUUCUUGGAAUGAGAAGCAUUAUGAGUUUAGAUCGGUUCGUUUGGAUUUUCUUGAGCAAGUGCAAGUGAAUGGAAAACCCGUUCCUCCUCGCCAUUCUGUUCGAUCAUCAAUCUACGCACAACAUAAACCAUGAAUAUUUUGUAGUCUGUUUAAUUAUGCGAUAUGGAGGGGGGCAUAAAGAAGAUGAAUCUUGAGAAAAUGAAAUACACAUGAAAACAUAUUACAUUUGCUUUAAGAGUGCAUAGGAGUGUUUUAAGAUUAUUUUUUGGUUUGGAGAAAGACUAGAUUUUGUUUGGUGAUAAUUGUGUACAGACAGAUUGUAUUUUAAUUCUUGCAAAGUGCCAUUACAAGGAUACCUACUUUCUUGAAUC